CGGCUCGCCGCCAGCCUGCGCUCGGGCGGCCCGGGCGGAGGCACAGGCUCGGGCGGCCGCGCGCAUACCGGGCGCCCUGCGCGGCUCAGAGCUCGGCGGGCCGCGGGGCCGGGACCGGAGCGCACGGCAAGAUGGCAGGGAUCCUCGCCUGGUUCUGGAACGAGCGGUUCUGGCUCCCGCACAAUGUCACCUGGGCGGACCUGAAGAACACGGAGGAGGCCACCUUCCCGCAGGCGGAGGACCUCUACCUCGCCCUCCCCCUGGCCUUCUGCGUCCUGAUGGUGCGGCUCGUCUUCGAGAGAUUUAUAGCCAAACCAUGUGCAAUAGCCCUCAACAUUCAGGCCAGUGGACCACAAAUUGCCAAGCCCAAUGCCAUUCUGGAAAAGGUCUUCACUGCAAUCACAAAGCAUCCUGAUGAAAAAAGAUUGGAAGGCCUCUCCAAGCAGCUGGACUGGAACGUUCGCAGCAUUCAACGCUGGUUUCGGCAGAGACGUAACCAGGAGAAGCCGAGCACCCUAACACGGUUUUGUGAGAGCAUGUGGAGAUUUUCAUUUUCCCUCUAUAUAUUUACCUAUGGAGUCCGGUUCCUGAAAAAGACGCCCUGGCUGUGGAACACAAGGAACUGCUGGUACAACUACCCCUAUCAGCCACUCACACCUGACCUUCACUACUAUUACAUGCUGGAGCUGUCAUUAUACUGGUCUUUAAUGUUUUCCCAAUUCACCGAUAUCAAAAGAAAGGACUUCGGCGCUAUGUUCCUGCAUCACCUUCUGUCUAUUUUCUUGCUUAGCUUUUCAUAUGUCAACAAUAUGGCCCGAGUAGGGACCCUGAUCCUCUGUCUUCAUGAUUCAGCUGAUGCUUUUCUAGAGGCUGCCAAAAUGGCAAAUUAUGCCAAGUUUCAGAAAAUUUGUGAUCUCCUGUUUAUUAUGUUUGGCAUGGUUUUUAUCACCACACGACUGUGCAUAUUUCCUCUCUGGGUGUUAAAUACCACUUUAUUUGAAAGUUGGGAGAUCGUUGGACCUUACCCUUCCUGGUGGCUUUUUAACCUACUGCUGUUGCUAGUACAAGGCUUGAACUGCUUCUGGUCCUACUUGAUCAUAAAAAUAGCUUGCAAAGCUAUUUCAAGAGGCAAGGCUGGGAAAUGGAACCCUUUACAUGUGUCCAAGGAUGACCGCAGUGAUAUUGAGUCCAGCUCAGAUGAGGAGGAUGCGGAACCUCCAGGGAAGACCCCCCACACCACCACCACCACCAAUGGGACCAGUGGUACCAACGGGUAUCUCCUGACCGGCCCUUGCUCUGUGGAUGAUUAAUUACGUAAAACUACAAGUCCCAAACAAAGUGAACUGUUUGUUCCUGGAAGUAUUUACUCAGUUGCAAAUGCAUUUUCUUUCAUUAUAUCUCAGCCCCAGAAACAAAAAUUAGGAUUUUAUCAAAGCAUUUUGAAUAGUGCACUGCCCUGUGUCCUGUACAGGAACGAAGAAGAAUCACCCUUCACUCUGUGUAGGCAUGCUGAAUGUAAUUGACACCAGGGAACAGUAUUUACAUUUGUACUGUCUUGGAAUAUUAUUUAUUUUUUUGUAUAUGUUUGUAAAUCUGUGGACAAAAGAGGAUUUCCUCACUCCUUUUCCUCUCCCAGUUCAGGACAGUGAGGGAGGUGCUCCACCUGCUUCCGCCCCUUUCUCUUGCUGCCGUCCAGCCUGCGAGGAGCCUUGGCUUACUUUGCCACUUAGAACAAGCAAAACCCAGUACAAGAGCUUGUGCAGCUCCAGAUAGGCUUGCUUUCUUUGUGUUACAGCAGCCACUUUGAAAUCGCCUAUGCCAUCUCUGUGGCCGUUCUUCCAAAAUCAAGUUUAAGCAGGAGGAGCUAGAUUUUUUAAUUGUCACUCUUCAUCAUCAGUUAGCCAUUCAAAUCAAAGAGUCUGGUUAUUGGAGGACUUUUUAAAAAUUGCUUGUGUUAAACUGGCAUGUCUGGCAUAGAUGUCAUUUCGUGUGCACACAGCCAAGUUUUCUUCAUUAAGUAUGAUAGCUAGUUGCGGAUUAACUCUGUAGGUUACAGAGAUUCUUUUUUUUUUUUUUUCAUUCUCUUUUAUGAGGUCAGUGCUCUGGCUCUAAAGGAAACCAUUUGCUGAAGGUCAUAGUUACAAACAAAGAAAUCACUCCUACUGUUGGGAGUCUGUCUUGUGAUCUGAGAAUAACAUAAAGAGAGAGCAACUGAUUUCAGUCAGAUUUCACCACUUCCACUGUAAUUAGCACAAUCUUCUGUCAUGUCACGAAAAAAAGACACUAAGUCUAUCUUGGGACAGGGAAAGGAGACUUUCAGGAGUUGGCAAAGGUCACCUCUAGCGCAAAGACCUUUCCUGCAACCAACUUUAAAGAAAGUACCCUAUCUAGUAUUCGCUUUUGACGAUUUUUAUUUCUCUGAGCAAAAUAAAGCCAAUGAGAGAAAGACUGUUUUUACCCUCUGUCUUUCCUCCUCAAACAUAACGCAGAGUGACUGGCAGUGACUCGAAACUGAGCAGUGUUGUACUCUAAGUCCUUUUGUGCUCUUUGAAGACUUUUUUCAGUUUCCAAGAAUUUUAUUCAAACAGAACUAUUCCCGGAAAACCAAUAAAAAUUCUGCAGGACAACGGCAGUACCAGCAAUGAGAAAGAUUACUGAGAAGAUAAGGUUCCACAGUCUCCUACACGGUGUUAUUUAUAUUUAGAUAGGAAAACCCUACACAUAAGCCAAAGAUUUUGUCUCGUCUCUUCCAACUUUAGUAGGAAUAAAAAGGUAUUCCGCCCACUUAUUUCAUCAGUGAAAAAGACCAUCCUUAAACAGGAGUCCAUGAACUACAGUGCAGUGAAAUCAAUGUGUGAGUCGGGGCAAAGUGAAGACAGGGGCAAAAUGCUAAGUCAUGUUUGUCCUGCCAGAGAUACUCGUGUUCGAUUCCAUCUUUCCUAAAAAGUUGAAAUAAAGCUUUGUGCGCACAAUUGGCAGCCUGUGUGCUAAUCCUGAAAAGAAUACUCCCAAACAAAAACUGCACACUGUAAUAGUAAAUCUUUCCCUGUCUAUUUGUAGCAUAGUGUGUUUCUGGCAUGAUCCAUAAUAAUAACUGAAGAGGCUUAGAAAUACAUCUGCCUGUGGAUUGAGAAAACCAUGCAACUCAUUCUUGCAAUGCCUUAUGAUUUUAUUUCACAAAACAGAGAUAUGUCUAGGAGGAUAAUUUGUAAAUAGUUUGAGCUUGUAAGACCAAUCAUAAAGCAUCAGAAGUACUUGUUAGUCAUCUGAAUAUCCACUAAAAUGAAGAUAUAUAAAAAGUAGCAGCAAGAAUAUUGUAACUGAAAAAUCUCAAGGUGAAAGUUCCUAUUCUUAUCAACUAAAAUAGGGAACUGAAGGGCGAAUUGUACCUCGUUUUAGUGUCUGGAGAAGUCCUCUCCACUGGCGAAAUAAACCAGAGAACUGCAGUGUGUUCAGAUUUGGAUAUCUGACCCUCUUUAGCACAGAAGAAUAAUUUCAAAAGCCAGCUUAUAAAUUAAAGGCUUAGAAAAGUUGCUGAAAUGAAGGAAAUUGAGUCUCCCCUUAGGAAAGACAAAUCUGAACAAUCUUUUGUUUUUCCCAGAAGUCACAUAUAUGGAGAACUGAGAAUACUCAAGAGUCUCUGACCAUUGACGCUCCCUUAGCACAGCUUUCUAUGUAUCUGCAUAGAGUUUUAUUUGAUUUUAUACCUUAGGGUUCUUUUCGACUAAACAAAAUGGUGUUUGUUUGUAGACCUUUUAAGAUGAAGAAUAACAUAACUCUGUCUACCAUUACCCCAUGUUGGCCUGAUAAGGCUGAGAGAGAAAAAUAUGUGAAAUACCUUACCUUCUGCCUGGGCUAUGCUACAGCUUUGGAAGCAUAUUUUGUAAAUUUGACUGUAGGUUAGUAAGAGUGUUAUUUCCUAUUAAUUGAUUUAGCCCGUGUUGCUAUCUCCUUCCUCCUGGUCACAUUUAAACCUUCCUAGGGAACAAAGGGGUGUGUAGGAAGGAGUCUAGAAAAAGUAACAUUUUUUUAUUCUCUAAUACUAUAGCUUUUUCUAGAUCCCUUAGUGGGGAAAAAGUAGAAAAUAGAGUAGAAUUUGACCUUGGAUCAAUACAUGAUGUAAGAACGUGUGAUGUAUGUAUGUACAUGUGUGUUUCUCCAAAAACAUGAUGAAACCAAAAUAUCACUCACCCUUGCCCAUCUUAUUUUCAUAAGAACCAUCCACCAUGUACAACAGAAACUUCGCACCUCCCUCUCAACUUCCUGCUCACGCUCCCCACAGAGCCGAGCGAUGGAAUCCUUUCAGCCUCUUAGCCUCAGAGCUAAGGUCAUAGAGGGCCUCAGGUCAGCACACAAGCCGAAGGCAGCUCACAUUUCUAAGUUUAGUGACACCAGUGUUGAGAAUAGGGGAGCAACUGUCAGUAUUUUGGAUUUCUAAACUAAAUAUUGGAAAAAUGCAGGUGACUGCUGCUUCACCACAGGAUUUUAACACCCAACUCCUGCUAGGUGUCCUGCACAACCACCAGAUAAUCCAACAGGCAUCUGACAAAGAUGAGCUGGGAAGAAAGGCGGGUUCUCCAAAGAAAGCAAGCCACUGGGUGAGAGAAAUGACUCUGUCGUAGUAUAUGAUCAGGCCACCUUUAGCCAAAGUGGUGGUGAACCGCAAAAUGUCCAGUUCCGUUGCCAAAGUUUCCAUUCUGAGUAUUUGAUGGAGUUUGAGCAAACUGAAUGCUUUCACCUUAGGUAGAAAGGGUCUGAAUCUUCCACUUUGUGUAUUUCGAUCUUAUUUUUAUUUGAAAUUUUUUUUUUAAUGAGAUUUCACUCCAGCUUACCUAAGUCUUUGUAAGAGAGCUCUUUGGACAGACCUUUAUGGGCACCCGUGAUUAUUCCCAAUCUGUUCAUGACUUUGCCAUGAGAGUUAUUUUUGUCCCUUUCUUAAAAACGUUGCCAAAGUUGCCUGAAUAUUUGAGUAUUUUUUUCAUAAUUUGCAAUGUACAGAAUAAUUCCAAAGGUGUUAAAAGGUUCUAUUAAUCAGUAUGUGUGAUGAUGUCAUUAUGUCCAGAGGGGCUUCAAGAAAUCCUUUGGAAGUAAAAGGUUAAAUGUUUACAUUUCAUGUGACAUUUCAGGUCUUGAGAGUCUAAUUAACUUUUCCUUUCUUUGUCUUGGGCUGAUUCCUGCUUUGUAGACAAAUAUUAGUAGCCCUAAAAUGUUGCUAACAUUCCAGUAAGCAAAAAAAACCAAUUCAGAUCAACGUCAGCCCGAUAAGAAUAUGAUCACAAGGCACUUUGAGUUUCUAAGUCACUUCUGUGGAAAGAGAAAAUGCAGUCAGCUCAGGUUACUGCCCUUGCUGUCUGGAGUGUCGUCCGUGGAAGGAGUGCUCCUGAUGAUCAUAAGCAGCGCUUCAAGUCAUACAGAAUAUGCGGUAAGCUGUGCUGCUCUCAGAGUCCGUGUAAGCUUCUCUUGAUAAAACAAAAUUGUGCCAGAGACUACUUAGCACUGGUUCGUGUGGCCCCAUCUUAGUUCUUCAUGGUAACGGGCCAGCAAAGGGCCCUCUGGCUGCUUGCCCUUGUGUCCACCCACUCCCCAGGGGACACUCAGUAGGUGCUGGGGAAGCCUGCCCACUUGUCCACUCUGGGCUGUUCGGACUCCUCUAAGACACUCAAAGCAUGCCUGAUGCUGGUUUUCAUGGAGAAAAUUGUACCAGAGAACAUAACACGUAGUAACUCUUAGUAAGAUCUGCAGACACCCAAAGGAGAACCUUCAUCUCUUCCAGGGAUUUCCAACUUGAGUUUAACCUGAAGCCUUUGAAAGGAAUGUGUGACCAAACGGCCACAAGCUAAGACCCCAUCGGAUCAAAGAAAUAAAAGUUCCCGUAGCCCAAUGGCAUUUCAGAUGGUGUCUCCACAAGAGGCAUUCUCAGGAUUGCCCGGAAAGUCAUGGGAGGGCAUCAUUAGCCUAAGAUCUAGCUUCUUUAUCUCAUUCCUCAUAGUCCUUCAGCUUUCCAGAACUCUUGAUAAAAGGAAGCCAGAAUAUCGUCAUUUCUCCACUAUUGAUUUCCCAGUAGCUUUUGGACCAGUUGUGUUACCACACUUACUUCUCUGCCUGAUUCCAUUUUUCUUAAAAACUUUUGCGCCCUUGUGAGCCUGUUUUCCUUAACACUGGUACAUAAAAGCGUGGCUUCCUAUUUUCGUGUAUGUUGCAUGGCCUGAAAACCAGGUAAUAAAAGCUGUUGGUAUGAUUUCUAUGUUAAAUGAAAAAUUAGAUUUUAAGGAGACGGUGUGUUUCUUUUGGAUCUGUAGUGAUUUUUAAAACUGUCAUUGUAAAACUGCCCUUUAAAAAUCAGGGGUUUUUAGGGAUUAGCUGCCAAAGAGAAAUUAGAUCUGUAAUAGGAACAGUUAUAUGGUAAUUCUGGAACUUUAGCUUAGAGCCUCAUUAGUGUAAAUGUGGAGGACACCCUCCAAGUUUGAUUUCCAAAAGUUUGGCCAAGCCUCUAAGCUCCUGAUUUCAUCGGUCCUUUGUUUCCCACAUAAUCAGUUACCUCCAUAGCCAUUUGUUUUUGUUGGGAGGGGGAGGUGGUUAGUUUUUGGAUUUGAUUUCUUGCAGUAAGAAAUAGAAUAGGUGACAAAAUCUCACUUGUUUUCUUAAGACAAUUCAAUGCUUGAGCAUCUCUGUUAGAAAUGGAAUGAUGUAUUGUUCGUUAAUUAGAAUUAUUUAUGUAUUCUUACUGUGUUUUGCUGAUUUUUAUAUGAAAAUAUAAUGAUUCAUUCUUGAUCUCGGAAAGCAAUCAUUACCUUGAGGAUCAUUUUACUUUGGAAACACUUUCAUAAUAAAGAUAAGUAGGAAGAGUCCCGUGUAAAUGCCCUUUUCUGUAAGCACGACCUAGGUUCUGUAGGUAAUACAUUACAUCUUCCUGGACAAGAUUUAUUUCAGGGCUCACAUCAUCCUAGUAGUUUCUUGCAAGCCUCCUCUAAUCCCAGCAAUCAAUCGCUAUGCUUAUUGAAAAAGCAAAGUCUGUAUGUAUGUUACGCACGUGUAAUUUUGUCAAGAGUCUAGCUAAGCUGCCCUGUGGUAUUGCUGCCUCAAGGUCCAUUUUGUUUCCCAAGCAACCUGUAGGGACCUUAAACCUGUAGGCCCUUCAUGCAGGUGCACAUGUGGAUAGGGGCUCACAGAGUCACAAACAAAUAGAGGUCCCUGAUAUGAUUUCCCAAUAGCCUUUGUGAUCAAUGCAAUCCUCUGCCUCCCAGUGCCCGUGUGCCUUAGGUCCCUUAGACAAAACCCCAAUGGAAUUUACCAAAACCCCACUCCUUUAGUUUGAAUUGACAAUUUGGCCUUAACCAGGGAACCCCAAAGCACUCCACUUAAGGUCCCUAAUAAAGACAUGUGCCCAUGUGCCAUCUCUCUGUCUUCACCCUGCCUUGACUUAACUGUGUGUCCUGAGACAUGCUGUGUACGCUCCCCAGGACCUGUGAGUUAAAAAACGCUCUAUUUCGAUUUCUCCUGGUCCGUCAUGGGACCUGUUUAUCAUCCCACACCCUGGGCUUUACUUAAUUUAACAGAGUAAAUACCAUUUACAUGUUAUACAUGGUAUAAUACCUCUUUGAAAAUUAAGAUAUGAAAACUUCAAUGUUGAACUUCCUAUAGUACUUCAUUCUGGAAAAGAUAUGAUUUAUAGAGAUAUCAGUUCAAAUAGAUGGUACUGCAUUUUCCAAAUGUUAGUGUAUAUGCUCCUCACAGGAGCCUGGCUGACAUCAUCUUCUCUGGCCAGCCACCCACCUUUCAGACCUCUCCCUCCCCUCUGUCUUUCCCACUGCUCUAAGCUUAGGUCAUCUGCUCUCUCCAGCGGCAUAAAAAUAGCAUUGACGUUUAGACAGACACCCCCUCCACCACCAGCAUUAUGAAAAAUAAAGCAGACACCUUAUUAAACAUCUCACAAAUAUCAUAAUCACCCCCAACACUAAUCUGAUUCUACAUGUUAAUUAUUCUAAUAAACUACAAAAAUUUCUCCAAGCCAAAAAAAACAAGGUGGCAGCAAAUGCAGCACUUUGGAAAGCCGUGAAUUCUCCGCGUUCUGCAAACACGGUAGAGUUCUGCAAGCAUCUCCCCCACAGCUGCAGUGCUGCUGGGCUUGUCUCUACGCCCCCUCCCUUCCUGCAGGGGCUGCUGCAGCCGCCCUAGGCCCGGGUUAUUUCUGCCCCCUCAUUCUUCCCACCAACCCCGUAUACUUGCUUUACCAGGAGCAGUGGUAACACCGCCAACAACAGCGAACAGUGGCAGGAUGACCAAGCGGAGGGGUCAUCCAAGCACUAGGAUGGACUGGGAUGCAAGCCGGUCCCUCAGAACCAAUCACCACGGAGACUACAGCCUGAGAACCACACCCUAAUUCUCCCUAAAGCAUGAGGAAAUGAAGUUAAAAAAUACUGAAGUUAGGAACUUACAUGAAGCCUGUAUCAGUCAGAGUCCAGGCAGGCAACAGAAGUCAUUGUCAGAUGAUUCAGUUGAAGAAAUGUCCACGCAAGGACCACGGUCAGAGGCGAGGGUAGGAUAAGAGGGUCAAACAUGGAAAGGAAAGGUGAGGCACCACAGGCCAGCAGGCAUGGCAGGCGGUUACUGCCCUGGGCAUCCCCAGAGGCCAGUGGGAGGGCUUAGCGUGAGGAAGAGGCCAUCCUUCAGGGGCUGUAAAUGCAGAUGAGGAGCAAUACCCUGACAUCUCUCUCCUGCUGCUUUCUUGAGCCCCUUAUUAGCUGACUUCAGCCAGAAAGCUGCCAGUGAGGCCCCGGGGAGCUGCAGGCGGUAGGUGGGGGUCAGCCCCCAGUGUGUCGAGCAGAGAUCUGGGGGAGCCAACGAUCACCAGCAUAAUUAUGGCUAGUAUUCCUAGAGCCUCACCUAGGGCCUGGCAUGCCACGGGGCACAGUGAGUAUUUGAUGAAGAAACAGCAAACCCACUUAGGAGAGGGCUGGUGAGAUCUGAGCGAUCAGCCACGAACAUUCCACCUGUCAGGGAGCAAGAUGGGUGUGCAAAAGCGCUCUGCCUUCAGCUCUCUGUGUGGAUGGCAGAGGCUGAAGGGGCUCGUGGGAGGGCUCGGGCAGCCACCUGGGAUGCCGGCACCCAGACCCAGAGAUGGACGUGGGGUGGAGCACAUCAAGGGAGGAAGAUGAAAGACCGAGGCUAGGGGAUUGUCUAGAAACAAGCAGAGAGGAACUGAGGAGGGAGGUCAUCCAGAAACUGGAGAAUCAAUGAAUGAAACAGAAUUGCGAAAACAUGGGGUGGCACCCAGGACUAAGUUUUGAAGUAAUUCUUUCAGUGAGAAGUUCGUUUACUUUUUGACUUAAUGAAUAAUGAAAAUAUUUGCAUGGCCAAAGACAACUGGAACAGCGAAGGCUCAGGUCCCUGACUGCAUCUUUCAGUCAUUUAAAAAUAUUUCUAGAGAGCCCACUAGGUGCCAGGAACUGUUAGAGGCACUAAAAAUGGAAGGGUGGACAAGGCAUGUAUGGUUCCUGCUGCCGUAGAACUUACUAUCUCUAAGAGAAGGAAAAAAUAAACAAACGAGUAUCAGUCUGCUAGAGCUGCCAUAACAAAAUAUCACAGACUCGGUGCCUUCAACAGCAGAAGUUUGUUUUCCCUGGUUCUGGAGGCUGGAAGUCUGUGAACCAGGUGCGGGGAGGGCUGAUUGCCGCUGAGGCCUGUCCCCUUCGCUUGCCUUCUCACUGAGCCUUCACAUGGUCUUUGUGUGUCUGUCUGUGUCCUAAUCUCUUCUUUUAAGGGCAACGGUCAUAUGGGAUUAGGGCUCUCCCUGAAGGUUCCAUUUUACCUUCAUCACCUUUAUUUUUAUUUUUAACCAUUGAAGAUAUAUAAUUAUAUUAAUCUCUUUUUUUCUAACAAAAGGGACAAAAUGAAGUUUUUGGCAAAAAGUCAGCAUCUGCCAUCUUCUGCAGUAAACACUGAUUCACAGGUGCAGCCUAUUUCUGGGGCUUGUAGGGAUGUGUAUGCAGACUGCAUCAGCAGCAAAGAUACCUUCAUCACCUCAUCAAUGGCCCCAUCUCCAAAUACAGUCACCUCCUGAGGUUCUGGUGGCUGGGGCCUCAACAUGACUUUGGGGGGACACAAUUUAGGCCAUAAUGUGAGGGAAUUUCACUUAAGGGCAAAGGCCAAAAAUGAAGAAGAAACAAAGAAAUUUUAAGGUGACUGCCAGGGCUCUCCGACCCAAGGGGUUAAGAUGCCUCUGGGGCUAAGACCUGAAUGGCCAGAGUGGCAGGGGGUACCUGGGGUGGGUGCAGACCAGACAUCAGGGGCCUGAGGCAUGGAGGCUCCGAGAAGAGACAGGCUUGUAAAUUCAAGGAGCAGAGAGAAGGGCAGUGUGACACGCGAACCAGGGGGAGAGUGAGGGUGACAUUCCAGAUGUAGGGAGGGACAGAUCAUACAGGGCCUGCACCCCGCAGUAAGGAGGACAAGUUUUCGGGUAAGUGUAAUGGGAUUUAAGUAGCAUAAUCUGAUCUGUUGUCAUCUUUUAUGAGAGAAAGAAAGUGGGCUAAAUAAUGGCCAUCCUAACCAUGACCGUAAUAAAUAACUGCUCCAACUUCAAGUGAGUUAGGGGUGUCUGCAAGGUGUGGUUGGCAUCCUGGGACAGGGCAGGGUGAUGCCGCACGGCCAUCGGAAGAAAUAAGGACAAAGAAUUACUGAGGAUUCAAUCCAUAGCAACAAAGUAAGUCUGGACAGAGAAUGAGAGGUGGAAGGUGUUGCUCUAAGGAUGCUGAGACCCAAGGCAGGAAGGAAAAGCCUCCAGGUUCCUUCAAGGAAAGCAGCUUGAACAAAUGGACUCUGAGCCAGUGAGUAAACCCCUUAGCAUUGCCACCUGGUUGUUGGCAGCCUGACCUCUGUCACCUCUCGCCCCUCCUCACCCCCUGCCCCAGCCUCUCUCCACCCAGACCUCGAGUCCGUGGUCUCAGAAUGUGCUGCGCUGUUUAAUCCCAGCACUGUGGCCAUGCUGCCCACUCUGCGUCAAAGGCUUUUCCCUCUCUGUCUAGCUAACUCUUUUCUGGCCCUAAAGACUAACUUAUGGACAACCUCCUUGCAGAAAGGCCAAGUGUCUUGGGAUGUAGUGCUCUUCCUAGAGAAGAAAAGAUACAACCAUUUAGCUCCAUCAGACUGCUUAGCGCACUGCCUCCCCACUGGACUGUAAGCGUCUUGGGGGCAAAGACCUUGCUUUUCAUGUCUGGAUCCUUAGCCGCCAUGUUUGCUGCAUAGUAAACGCUAUAAACACUUGUGAAAUUAGUGUAUGUAUGCUCAGAAAUAGGAGCUUCAGGAAGAUGAGUAAGUUGGUAAAAGAAAAAUGAGCUGAUUUUUACAUCUUGGAUUUGAACUUAGGAGAGCUCGUUCAUUUGGAAAUGUAUACCAAAAAUUGAAAAGAUGGGACUGUAACAAGGUACCAUUAUUAUUUCCACUUCUUCAGGUCAAGAAGCAGAUGAACAGAGGGUAGGAGCCUUGCCAAGGUCUCAGGGCCAGGAAGCCGCGAUGCAGACAGUCCGGGCUCCGGAUCACUUCUCCGUGGCCCCCCGAGGCCGACCGUGGGAAAAGCCCCCACCAGCGGGACACGGGGACGCAGGUACUUGUCUAAAAGGAGCUCACUCAGGAGUGUGGACUGCAGACCAUUAAAUUAGUAAUUUCAACACAGUGGGAUAAAUGAAUCAAAAGAGGUAUGUGCGAUGGCUAGGAGGGGGACAAACGCAAGAGUGUACUGUUCCCGGGAAAACGACACAAGCUGGACUUAGGGGAUGAAGCAAAGUCAGCAAGGCCCACAUAAGGGAGAAGGGCUCCCAGGCAGAAGGAACCAGCGUUGCAUAAGGUCCUGGAGAUAGGAACUGAUGAGGCCUUCACUUACCAGCUCUUCCUUUUCAAAAAUUAGCAUAAUUUUUACCCUUUUUAAAAAUGUUAUUUGCCCUAUUUGGUUUCUACAGUAAUACAUGUUUAUUUCAAAUAUUAAAAGUCUACAAAAAUGCAUGGCCUAAUAAGAGCCCUCCUUAUGGCCAGCCUUCAGAGGUAGGCUGUUGUCUCUAGUAGGCAUGUGUCCAGAUAAGAUCUUUUCAUGUAUACCCAAUAUUUACUCUUUUGCAACCUGUUUCUAAGUCCGCACAUAUAACUGGAUACUCAAUCCUAAAUUUUUGUACUCUAUCCUCAUUUUUUGGAGGUUUCAUAGCCUAAUGUAUGGAUUGAGUGGCAGUGGAGUGUGGUAAGUAAAAAGGGAUGCACUGAAGUCAGAUGAUGCCCAGCUGUACCACUAACUGUGUGACCUUGGCGAAAUUGUUUAACCAUCAUGUGCCUCAGUUUCCCUAUGUGUAUUAUUAGGAUGACAAUAAUACAGAUCUAUCUCAAAUGAUUGCUGUAAUGAUUAAAUAAGGUAAUAUUUGUAAAGCACUUAGAAGAGAGCCUGUCAAGUCCUCUAAACGUGAGCUGGUUUCACCACAAGGCAUUUAACCAGGUUCCUGUUGAUACUUGUCUGUGCUGUUUCUCAUUCUUUGCAUGUCUUGGCUACUAAACAAACUUCAAGUCAAGUUUUGUGUUGCCCUUAACCGCUGCUUACAUGUGGGGUCCUGUUUCUUACUAACUUAGUGACACCCACCAACUGUUUGUAAGCAUCUAACAAAUGUGGGCUCCUGUCGUUAACGCCUGUUGGAGGCAGCACAAAUGGGGUGGGUGGUGUGCAGGGGCCUGGCUUCCAGGCCAGAUCUGAGGAAGUCCAUCGCAGGUUUUCUUUCUGCAGAGAUGUCGCGCCAGGAAGGCGCAUGCUAAGCAUAGACUGGGAAAUGAAGCCGGAAGAUUAGGAUCUGAAAGGUCAAAGAGAAGUCAAGCUGGAGCCAGGGCUGGGAAAGAGGCCGAGAGUGAGAGCAAGCCAGCAACAGGGCCAGAGACAAAGCUGAGGACAGAGAAUGCAAAGGAUGCCUUGGGCACCACAGUUUUUAGAAAACAGACUUUAAAGAAUAUACUUUAUUUUUAUUUUUAGAGAAUAUACUUCACUGUAUGUAGUUCUCAUCGACCUGUAGCUACAAAGAGAUUGUUCAUAUCAAUUCCAAAACUACAAGGCUCCUCCGCCUCUGCUCACACAGGAGCUUGGCUCCCUCCUGCCACUCUCCCCUGGGCCAUUUCUGGGGUUCUGGGAGCUGAGAGGUUCUCAUGAGCACAAGGACAAAUUUCCCCGAGUCGGCCUGCUCUGGCCUCCUUGCCAAGGUGCCCCCCAGCCACAGCCUCGUGCUGGAAACACCCGAGCGGCCCUGUCCUGCCACCGCCCCCUCCCUCCCCUGCGCUCUGCCAGGGGGUGUGCUUCACUGGGUCUCUGCCUGAGUUUGUGUAGAAUGGGGUGUGGGGUCCCAGGGGACAGCAACCCGGUCUCCACGUUGUGUCUAGAGUCCCUCAUCAAGUUAAGGCUUCUUAUUUCUCUUUCCAACCCCAGUCUCUGCUGAAGUUCCAAACAUGUCCCCAGAGGCUGGACUGGGGAAAGGGAGAGGACUAUGUGUGUCAGCCACUCCCUGCAGUGUCCUUUCUGUUUCACCUCUCUAGUCACUGGAGAACAAAUAUUGACCGACCAUUGUCAUGGAUUGAAUGUGAAGCUCCGCCCCUUUCUGCAACUAUGCCCUUUGCAACGGGGCAUUCAGCAGCUCCCAUGAGGGGGUGGAAUCUCCUCCACCCCUUGAAUCCGGGCUGGCCUGGGACUGGCAUUGCUCAGCUGAACGUGGCUGAAGUGAGGGUGUGUCUGCUCCAAGCCUGCACCUCAGGAGGCCUUGAGCACCCCUGUUUUUUCUCCUGGCUCUUUGCCUUGAGACUAACUCAGGUGGGCUACUGGCUGAUGCAACGUCACCUCAGCUCACAGCCAGCCGCCCUCCCAGCAGAGCCCAGGAGAGCCGCCCUGCCAAGCUCAGCGAGCAGCAGCAGAGCUGUGUAGACGGCUGGCUUUCUCCUCACUGAGGCCGCGGGCACCCAUGGAACCACCCACACCGCAGACGUGUCACCCAUGUCAAGUCCCUGUCAUUUGAAACCACUAGGUUUUCUAUUUAUUACACAGCAUUGUUUUGACAAGAGGAACUGAUACAUCCCCCUUUCUGACCUCCAAAAUCAGUAUUUUUUGCAAUUUUGAGCACUCUGAGAAGCUCAACAAAUAGCCAAACUAAUUCUCUGGCUAGAUGCAGCCAGGACCCCUGCCGUCCUCACAAAUCUGUGAGAGGGACCCUGUACGAGAUGGAGCUCUUAUGACUUAGCAGGUGUCCUGUAGCACCUAAGACAGAGCCAGUCAGCCCGCGGGAGAGACAACACAUGAGGCGCAUGGGUGUAGGCAUGCCGACCGACCUUCAGGGGGGUCACCAAGGUCACAACAAGCUUGGGGUGGUGGCAUUUCUUGUGGGAACUAGCAAAGGAGGUCAGUUCCACAUUUUGAACUGAGGUGGAGCCGAAUUGAGACCCAGAGCCAGAAUCGGGGCAAGGGCGCCAAGCAGCCCCCAGUCUCUGGCUGUUUGUCUACAACGUCUGAUGGCAGGGAAGCCCUCCAGCAGGCAUCUGAGUGACGUAUGAUUAACCUCCCUUUAUACCCUGUCUCUAGUCUUCUUUCAGUAUGCCACAUUGCUCUGUCUAAUUCCAGCCCCUGGAUAGCCACUGUUUAACCUGCAGUGAUCAAGUUCCUUCGGAGAAGCUAAGGGGGGAACGUUGUUAAGUGUGUAAAUGGCAAUCCCUACCUAAGGACGCCUCCUCUCCACACUGGGUGCAGGGCAAGUUCUCAUUGUCCCCCCACCUCUUCAUUCAUCAUUUCUAGGGACUCUGAAUGGAGCUGGGACACCAAGGGCACGUGAAUGGAGCUUGCUCAUCGGGGCAACUGUGAAGUGUUCUGCUGCUCCUUCGGGCCAGGGGCUGUCAGUCAGAGCAAAGCUGCCCACCACCCAGGAAAUGGCUGUCAUGUCCUAUCUCUAGAAAUUAGCUGAAAAUCUAAGAAUUGACAACUGGGACCACAGG